CCUCCCGUUGGAGCCGCAACGCGGGCACUGCGAUCGGCGGCUCGGCCCGCGACUUUCGCCCACUUUGCCUGCCGCGGGCGCUUCCGGUUCCGGUACAGGCACAGCGCGGGAUCCAAGGCCCCGGGCAUGGCGGGCAGUCGGCUGGAAACCGUGGGGAGCGUUUUCACGCGGACGCGAGACCUGAUUCGGGCUGGGGUGUUGAAGGAGAAACCCCUUUGGUUUGACAUUUAUAACGCCUUCCCUCCGCUGCGGGACCCGGUCUUCCGAAGGCCUCGCUUGCGAUAUGGCAAAGCUAAAUCUCCCACCCAGGACAUCUUUUACCACGAGGAUCAGAUUAGAGCGAAAUUUUAUUCAGCCUAUGGAUCUGGUCCAAAAGCUUUUGAUUUGUUCAACCCAAACUUCAAGUCUACCUGUCAACGGUUCGUGGAGAAGUACAUUGAGCUACAGAAACUUGGAGAAACAGAUGAAGAGAAGUUAUUUGUGGAAGCAGGGAAGGCUUUGUUGGCAGAAGGUGUCAUUUUAAGACGAGUAGAAAAAGCAAGGACUGAAGGUAGUCAAGUUUCCUGGAAAUCUGAACCCAUGGGUGUCGAAUCCCAGACUGUGUUGGAGGAGAACCCACCUCUGAAAGAAGUUCCACAGGCCCAGCAUUUGGAGGCACCUGCAGAAGAAUCGAAAGGCCUCUCACCUCCCUGAAGAACGUGUAUACUGUGUAUACUAACAUCCAAACUGGAUUCACUGCUGGAAUGAACUGUUUUUAACAGUUGAACUUUGUAAAUGUUUCCUGAUCUCUGAGGCAUCGUGUUUGCCUUCUUUGGGUUCCCACUUCCAGGUUGUCAUAAAGCUCUGUAUCAUGGUUUGAAGAAGCAGUUAUGUGAACUUUUAUGUUAUGGUGGUAUUAAAUAAAGAAUUCCUCAGUGCUUAUCAA